UCUUUCUCUUACUCACAAAAUCGUAAUUCCCCUCUUCACAAAUAUACAUUCCUUCAAUUCUCUCUGAUCCCAAAUUAUUCUUUUUUCCAUAUUUUAUAUUAUGACAUUUCUCAACCCUCAUUUCCUAACAUGUUUCCUGUACAUUCUUAUUGUGCUACCACUAGAAUUUAACGUACCAUCUUUGGGAAGUGCUUCAUCCAGUUUUCAGCAUAAACUAAGCGCAGAACUCAAAGAAACUGAUCAAAUAUUGUCAUACAAUUCUAGUAUUACUACUACACACGGGCACCACGGAUGGAUAGGGCCGUCCGGCCACCGUCGCAUCGUCGUCGACGUGAAUGGGUUCGGAGACUUCAAGUCAGUGCAGGCGGCCGUUGAUUCCGUCGAAGUGAACAACCGGAUGAAUGUGCUUAUCCAGAUAAAUGCUGGUUAUUACAUAGAAAAAGUGGUGGUGCCGACGAGGAAACCAUACAUAACAUUUCAAGGAGCCGGAAGAGAUGUGACGGUGAUCGAGUGGCAUGACCGGGCAAGUGACCGUGGUCCUGACGGUCAACAGCUUCGUACUUACCAUACCGCUUCUGUCUCCGUUUUUGCAAACUAUUUCUCAGCCCGUAACAUUAGUUUCAAGAACACAGCACCAGCACCAAUGCCCGGAAUGCAAGGUUGGCAAGCAGUUGCGUUUAGGAUAUCCGGUGACAAAGCCUACUUCGCCGGAUGUGGAUUUUACGGUGCACAAGACACGCUUUGCGACGACGCCGGACGCCAUUAUUUCAAGGACUGUUACAUCCAAGGCUCCAUCGACUUCAUCUUCGGCAAUGGCCGCUCCAUGUACAAAGACUGUGAGCUACACUCAAUAGCGACUGAAUUUGGAUCGAUUGCGGCCCACGGUAGGAAGUCACCAGACGAGAAGACUGGAUUUGCUUUCGUAAACUGCAGGGUGACAGGUUCAGGCCCAGUUUAUGUAGGCCGUGCAAUGGGUCAAUAUUCCAGGAUUGUCUACUCCUUCACCCAUUUUGAGGAUAUUGUUGCUCAUGGUGGGUGGGAUGAUUGGGAUCAUAUUAGCAACAAGAACAAAACUGCUUUCUUUGGAUCAUACCAAUGUUGGGGUCCAGGAGCAGCAGCAGUUCAUGGAGUUUCAUGGGCCAGAGAACUGGAGUACGAGGUGGCCCAUCCAUUUCUGAAGAAGAGUUUUGUCAAUGGAAGGCAUUGGAUUGCUCCCUCAGAUGCCUGAAGCAAUUUCACAAUCCAACAGUCCACAUUAUAUUCUUUAUUUAAUUACUAUUAUUUUUUUUUUUUUACUCCUCCUACAUUUAUUUAACUUCUUUUUCUAAUUUAUUCUUAAAAUAAAGUCUAUCCAUAGUGACAGAAUCAUUAUGAUUAUUCCAAUCCUCUCCCAUUAGCUCCAUUCUUUAUGCGGCCACAGUGCCAUGUAUAAAUUAAGAACAAAAGACGAGCCUAUAUGUUCAAUUCAUUGUACUAUGUAUAAAAUUCGCA